AUGUAUGAUGAGAGCAGAUCAAUCGUUAACAUACAAAUGUUUAGUGAAAAAGGAACUUCUCCAUUAUGGAUUCAAUUAAUUAUUCUUCUCUUACGGGCAUGGUUUUUUAUAUAUGAUUGCCUGAAUUAUAUACCAUACGAGCUCUUCAAUUCACCAACGGCUAAAUUAAUACUAAGUGAAAGGAUAAAGGCAAAGCCAAUCAAGGGUCCUGAUAGUCCGUGGGUUAACAUAGAUGGCCCAAUUACUAAAGAUUUUCCUGGUGUAGAUACAGCUGAUAAACUGUUCACAUAUGUGGCAAAGUUGUAUAGUGACAAACUGGCGUUGGGUACACGGGAAUUACUGGAAGUACACGAAGAAAAACAGCCGAAUGGACGCAUAUUCGAGAAAUGGGUAUUGGGUAAUUACAAUUGGCAAACCUUUACCGAAGUUCAUGAAAAAAUUGGUCGAAUUGCUUCAGGUCUAAAAAGUAUCAUGAAAAAUGAUUGUCCAGUGAAUCGGGCAGUAAUUUUUUCGGAAACUCGAGCUGACUGGUUUAUUACCGCAUUCGCAUUCUUCAGAAUCAAUGUACCAGUUGUUACGGUGUAUGCAACUCUCGGUGAGGAGGCAAUAGCCCAAGCAAUCAAUGAGACCGAAUCGACAUUGUUAGUAACAUCAGCAGAACUUCUGCCAAAAAUUGCGGCAAUCGGGAAAAAAUGUCCAACAUUGCGAUCCUUAGUCUAUUUCCGCCCCGUGCAUCCUUCGAAAAAAAUCACUGUAAUGGACGUCAUUAAACAGCAAUUCCGAAAUGUUAUUUCAUUGGAUGAGUUAGAAGCACAUAAAAACACUGUUCCAGAAGUUUCGCCUGCGGGAGGAAAUGACACAGCAGUCAUAAUGUAUACAAGUGGUACUACUGGUGCUGCAAAGGGAGUAAUUUUGACGCAUUAUAAUAUCGUGUCAUCGGUAGCUGGGCUGGGCGCUGGAAUGCCUAUCAUCUGUGAUACCGAUGUGUAUAUUGGAUAUCUUCCGCUGGCCCAUAUUAUGGAGUUUGCUGCCGAAUUGACAUGCGUGAUGCGGGGUUGUUGUAUUGGUUACUCAAAUCCACUAACGCUUCAUGAUUCGGGCGCUAAAAUUAAACCAGGUACAUGUGGAGAUUGCAGAGCGUUAAGACCAACAAUUAUGGCGGCAGUACCGGCAAUAAUGGAUAAGAUAUUCAAAGCCAUAAGCGAUGAAGUUGCAGCAGCUCCACUUUUCAUGCAAGAACUUUUUCGAUUAUGUUAUGAGCGGAAACGAACACGUUAUCAGGGAGGAUACUGUAGUCCCUUUUUGGACAGAAUUGUUUUCAAAAACAUUCGACGACUUUUGGGUGGUAAAUUGCGAGGUGUAGUGAGUGGUGGAGCGGCACUGAAUCCAGAAACUCAACGUUUCAUGAAUAUUUGUAUGUGUUGUCCAGUUAUUCAAGGAUAUGGGCCAACUGAGACAUGUGCAGCGGUUUGUAUUGCUGACGUGAAUGACCUAAGCACAGGAACUGUUGGUCCACCUGUGCGGUGUUCACGAAUACUUCUUCGAGAGUGGAGUGAGGGGAACUACACUCCGUUUAAUUAUCCUCCUCAAGGUGAAGUACUUGUCAGUGGUCCGAACAUAUCAGCAGGCUAUUGGAAGCAACUUGAAAAAACUGCUGAAGAUUUCGUGGUCAUUGAUGGUGUGCGAUAUUUCGCUACCGGUGAUAUUGGUGAAUUUCGAGAAGAUGGGUCACUUCGUAUAAUUGAUCGGAAAAAAGACUUAAUAAAACUUCAACAUGGCGAAUAUGUAUCGUUGGCCAAAAUCGAAACUGCAUUGCUGAAUUGUCCAUUAAUCGACAAUAUCUGCUGUUAUGGCGAUUUGCUGUCAUCAUACCUAAUUGCGCUUGUUGUGCCUAACAAGAAACAUCUUACAAAGAUGGCUGAAAAGUUGCAUAUCACCACAUCAAGUUGGACUGAUUUGUGUCAUAAUGUGGAAAUUAUUAAAGAAUAUC